AUGGCAGACCAUCAGUACAUCUUCGACGUCACCAUGACCUGCGGUGGCUGCUCAGGCGCUGUCGAACGCGUCCUCAAGAAGAUGGACGGCGUCAAGUCCUUCGAGGUUAGCCUCGACACGCAAAAGGCGACGGUCACCACCGAGCCCACCGUCAGCUACGAGAACGUCCUUGCGGUCAUCAAGAAGACCGGAAAGUCGGUCACCAAGGGCGAAGCUGAUGGCGUCGAGAUGGCGGCUUGA